AUGGCUGGUCCAGAUCAAUCCGCGCUCCAAUCCGGCGGGGGCUCAGGCUCGGGCCAGCGAACCAUCGAAGCCCUCAGCUCCAACACGCUCGCCUACCUCAAGCGCCUCUUCGAAUCCCACGCAACUCCAGACGGCAAAUGGACAGGCGACCAGGUCAGAGUCUUUGUGCAAAAGGUCCAGGGCCACGACGUCACCGCCGACGCCGCCGCACAGCUGCUCAGCACGCCGGGCCUCGACCUCGGCGGCUUCCUGGCCUUCAUGACCUCUUCUCACAGCAAUGCCGUGCUGCCGGUGAAGAAGGAGGACUUUUCGUGGCCGCUGUCCAGCUACUUCAUCAGCUCCAGCCACAACACGUAUCUGACGGGCAACCAGCUGUCGAGUGAUAGCACCACUGGCGCUUACACAAACGUCCUGCUGAGGGGAUGUCGGUGCGUCGAGAUUGACGUGUGGGAUGGCGAUGAGAGUGACGCGGAGACCUCGUCGGACAGUGACACGAGCGACGAUGAAGCUGCUGCUAAAAAGGCUGCCCUCAAGGAGAAGAAGAAGAGGGAGAAGAAGGAGAAGAAGAAGGAGGCCAAGGACGGCGAAAAGAAGGGCGGGUGGAGCGACCAGCUGAAGAGCAAGAUGGACAAGAUAAACAUCAGCAAGAAGAUUGAAAAGAUGGAGGAGAAGGCGACCGAGAAGGUGGCCGAGAUAGAAGAUGCCGUCACGCGAAAGCCAGACCCCAACGCCGUUGUAGAGCCAAGAGUGCUGCACGGAUAUACGCUCACCAAGGACAUUCCCUUCAGAGCCGUCUGCGAGGCCAUCCGCGACAGCGCCUUCGUCGCCUCCGAAAUGCCGCUCAUCGUCAGCCUGGAAGUCCAUUGCAGCGCCAAGCAGCAGAUUGUCAUGGUGGACAUCAUGAAGGAGGUCUGGGACGGCCUGCUGGCGCCGGAGCCCGACGCCGAGAUCGAAGCCCUGCCCAGCCCCGAAGCCCUGCGGCGAAAGAUUCUCAUCAAGGUGAAAUACGUUGCCCCUGGAGCGCCCCUGGACAAGGUCGACACCAUCCGCAGCGAGCAGGUCCCCAUGCCUGCCGGUGGUCCGCCGCCGAAGCCCGCAAAGACCAUCCAGGAGCUCGCCCGGCUCGCCAUCUACACCCAGGGCGUCACCUUCAAGGGCUGGGCGCAGCCCGAGGCCACGAUGCCCACGCACAUCUUCUCCAUCUCCGAGAAGAAGUUCAUCGACUACCACGAGAAGCAGUGGUCCGUCCUCUUCAACCACAACAAGCGCUAUCUCCUGAGAGCCUACCCUGCCGGCUUCCGCAUCGGAUCUUCCAACCUCAACCCGGCCAUCUUCUGGGGCGGAGGUGCUCAGAUUAUCGCCCUGAACUGGCAAGAGACGGACGAAGGCAUGAUGCUCAACGAGGGCAUGUUUACCGGGACAGGGGGCUAUGUCCUCAAGCCAGAAGGAUACCGCCCCAAACCAACUGCAGCAGAAGACGCCGCCAGCCCCAUCGCCAUCACCCGCAAAACCGCCACCCUGCUCUUCACCUUCCUCUCCGCCCAAAACAUCCCCCUCCCAGCCGGCGAAAAGUCCGCAAAGGGCUUCAGGCCCUACAUCAAGGUCGAGCUCCACGCCGAGGGCUCCAAAAACAGCCACGCCCAGAGCGACGGCCACGUCCACGAGAGCGAGUACAAGGUCCGCACCAAGACGCACAAGGGCCGCGACCUUGAUCUCGGAGCGGAGAAGCUCGAGUUCAAGGCGAUCCCGGGCUUAGUCGAAGAACUCACCUUUUUGAGAUUUACGAUCCGGGAUGAUGAGAUUGGAAGGGAUGAUUUGGCGGCCUGGGCAUGCAUAAGGCUUGACAGGCUGGGACAAGGAUAUAGGUUCGUACACUUGAGGAAUACAAGGGGAGAGGCGACAGAUGGAGCAAUACUAGUCAAGGUGGAAAAACUUGUAGUGGAGACGCCUUCAAGCAAGCAGUAG